AUGGAGUCAUAUGAAACAGACGCCAGCCUUGAGCAGCUGCCGAAGGACGUUGAGUUCCCUGAGUUGGUGCUUCGCUGCACUGUCGUGGCCGCGAUUCCCCUUCGCACAUGCGAGUUUGGGGACGACAAGGUGUUCACCAUAGUUGGCUCCGUCGCUCCAUGCACGCCCAGUGCGGGUACCGCCGCCGGGAAGACGCGUCUGCGCAUUAACUUCUACAACUCGUGGGGGGCUGCCGCGGCCUUCAUGGACCCCGGUGACGUUAUCUUGCUGCGAGGGUUUUCUCUCUUGCAUGUACCGACUCACGCGAGGUGUGGCGAUCUCGCAAGCACGGCACCCGAUUCCCCGCUGUUAUUCGUGCGUCCGCUGCCGAGCACGAGUACGCUACGUGUGCUGCAGAGAGGCGAGAAGAAGCUCGUGAUGGAGGUGUCUGUCAGCCCGGAGAACUGGGACGCCGUCGGUAUGCGGAGUCUGCCUGACUCAGAUACGGAAAAUCAGAUGUACGCACGCACGUGCUGGGGCUGGACAGAGCUAGCUUGUUGA